GCGCCGACUUAUCGUCCAUCUCUUUUUGUGCUGUUGUGUCGCCCUUAGACUAAAAUUUCAACUCAAUUAAAUUUUUUGAUAUAUUAAGAAAUUUAACUUUCUUUCAUUCUUUAGAUUUUAAAACUUAAUAAUUUAAGUAGUUUGUUUUGUUAUUUUUCUAUUAACAAAUUAUUUUUUGAAAAUGGGCGAUAUGGAAGAUACUCAUUUUGAUGCUGUCGACUCUGGUGCUUCAACUACGUUCCCCAUGCAAUGUUCAGCCCUAAGAAAGAACGGUUUUGUGAUGAUCAAAAGUCGACCAUGUAAAAUUGUGGAUAUGUCAACAUCUAAAACUGGCAAACACGGGCAUGCUAAGGUUCAUUUAGUAGGUUUAGAUAUAUUUUCUGGUAAGAAGUAUGAAGAUAUUUGUCCAUCAACUCAUAAUAUGGAUGUUCCAUUUGUUAAACGUGAAGAUUAUCAGUUGACUGACAUAUCAGAUGACAACUACUUAUCAUUGAUGACAGACAAUGGUGAUUUACGUGAAGACCUAAAGCUUCCUGAAGGUGAUCUUGGGGUACAAUUAAAAACUGAAUUUGAUAGCGGAAAAGAUAUAAUUUGUACUGUAUUGAAGUCAUGUGGUGAAGAAUGUGUUAUUGCCAUUAAAACAAACACAGCUUUGGACAAAUAAUACUCGAUAACUUUACAAGUUAUCAAGCUACAAUUUUUUUUUUUUUUUUUUUACAUACUAAGUGGCUAAAUAUUUUUUUAACAAUUUCUGUUUAAUUUCAUCUAAAUUUAGAAAGUGAUAAAUAACUUAUAACUGUUAGUAACUUAAAAUGAUAACCAUUGUUUUUUAAGUAUUCUAUAUUAUUAUGAUAAUGAUACUUAUAUUAAGAAAUAAAAUGCUGUUUAACUCUCUAGAAUUAUUCAAGUUGUAAGUGAAGCGCUAUGGGUUCACCUAAUUUUUAAAAUAUAUGCAGCCAAAGUCACAAAGUUUAA